AUGGCUUUCGCGUCUCGCAAAUCUCGGCCUGCCGAAUCAUUGCGUCGGCGACCUCAUCAUGAUCAAGCGGCGAUUUGGAAGGAGCCGCGCUUACUGAGGGUGGAUAACCUGGCCCUCUCGCCUGCUCCCCGCGCCAGACCCUAUGUCACAAAAGACGGCAAGCCCAACUACGACAAUCGCUACGAUACGAGCGUUACAACUCUCAAGCGAGAACAGCCUGCCCGGACGAAGUCGUCAUCUGCUCGCUCUCCGGAAACGAGCGAGGAAGAACUUCCGACUGAGGAUGGAUUUCAUGCACGCCCAUCCAUUAAGCUUCCUAUCCCUGACCACAUCAAGGCGAUGCUUGUUGACGACUGGGAGAACAUCACCAAGAACAACCAGCUGGUCCCGCUUCCUCACCCUCACCCCGUUGACGAUAUUCUGAGCGACUACCUCAACUACGAGCGCCCGAACAGGGAAGAUGGUUCUGCAAACAUGGACAUUCUUGAAGAAGUCGUUGCAGGACUUCGCGAGUACUUUGAGAAGUCUUUGAGCCGUAUCUUACUGUACCGCUUUGAGCGUCCCCAGUACCAUGAGAUUCGCAAGGUGUGGGAGAAGGCUGGCGAGGAAGACAAGCACAAGUCUGUCUGCGAUACCUAUGGACCUGAACACUUGUGCCGCCUGAUGGUGUCUCUUCCCGAGCUCGUCGCUCAGACAAACAUGGACCAGCAAUCCGUGGCGCGUCUGCGUGAGGAACUCUCCAAGCUCACCGUCUGGCUCGGCAAGAACGCAAAGAACUACUUUGUCAGCGAAUAUGAGACCCCUUCUCAGGAGUAUAUCGAUAAGGCUCGGAGCUUCUAG